GGCGUCUCGGCUGUGUCCGGAGGUCUCCCACAGCAAUCUGCGCACUUCCGGACCCUUGGCGGGGUUCGCGUGGCCGGCACCUGGGACUUAGCCAGUCCUGAGGCUCCCGCUGCAUCUGGGACUGACGAUUCCCUCUGCCCCCGCGGUAGAGAGGGCACGUGUGGCAGAGCCACGGCUGCAGAGCUGGCGGGCCCUGGGAGGGGUGCUCUGCUAGGGGGGUCCGGUGGGCGGCUCUGUCUGACGUCUACUGGGGAGGGUCAGGGUUCCUGUCUGGUUUGGGGCGGGAGCUGUGGGCAGGCUGGUCUCAUUGCUUUAUAGCCCAGCGUCGUCGGAGCCCACCGGCCGUCCACAGAGGGCUUAGCGCGGUGGACCCGUGACAGCUUUGGCCCCGGUGAGCUGGGGGCCAGCUCUUUCCCGAAUGGUCACCCUUCUUUCCCGAUACUGGAUUUGUUUCUGUCCCUUGACCCGGAGCUUUUCUGCCCGUCCAGGUCCCUGAACUCCACCUGGGUGGCCGGGCCUCCCGUGGGUGAGGAGGGACUGCUGAGGAAGCCCCCCCCCCCUUCUGUCCGACCCUCUGUCACUCCUUCGGACCCCACAUCACAGCCAACGGUUCUGUUCAUGGCGAUGUGGAGUUGUCUGUUUCCCCUCAUGGCGUGUGUGUUCCACGUGUUUGAGCUGCACACUCAUCACGCUCGUGUGUUGGUGUUCUUAGUGUCUAUUGCAAAGGCUUAGAGACAGGCCGUGACCAGGCAGCUCAGUCCUGCUGUGGAUUCCAGCUCCUUCUAACCCCCAGACGGCCUCCAGGCGGGAGCUGAGCCUCCGGCCACGGAGAGAGAUAGGUGUGGGGUCCCGUUGAUGAUUCCAGCCACAGUAAACUUGCUCCUGAACCUUCAUGUUCCUGUCCCCUGGCCAAAUGAGGAAAGGAGGAGGAGGGCUCAGGAGAAGCCAUCAGAUCUUGUCCCAUGUUUGGUGUCUGCUUUCCCCCGCCCAGCAGGGAAGGACCAUGUCCCAGGGCUCAUUGUCCUUCCGAGACGUGGCUGUGGGGUUCACCCGUAAGGAAUGGCAGCAUCUGGACCCCGCUCAGAGGAUGCUGUACCGGGAUGUGAUGCUCGAGAAUUACAGCCACCUGGUCUCAGUAGGGUGUCAGGUCACCAAACCGGCUGUGAUCUCAAGGUUGGAGCGAGGCCAAGAACCAUGGAUGGAGGAGGAAGAACUCGUCAGAUGGAGCUUUCCAGAAGCAAUUUUGCAAGUCGACGGCCACGCAGGCAGACGGCGGGAGCACCGAGCCACACUUCGGCGGAGCGGCGCCUUCCUGGACGGCCGGGAACCGACCGAGAGAGGGCCCCGGGCAUCCAUCCGCCAGAAGGCAGACCUCGAUCCCUCACGACGGCAGGGAUGCGCCUGUGACUCGUGUGGCGCGAGUCUGCCGCGUCACGGAGACGGUAGUCCCACCGCCUACCUGGCCCGGAGGCGCUUCGAGUGCGACGGGCAGGGGAACGUGUUUCUCUACUCCAGGCCCGACGGCCCGGCUCCGGGCGCGCGGCCGCGGCAGUGUGAGCGGUGCGGGUGGCCGGGAGGCCGGGCCCGCCGCGGGGAGCCCUUCCCCUGUGAGGCGGCCGUGCGCGCCGAUCCGCGGCCGCACGCGGGCCCCGCGGCCCCCGAGGCCGGCCUCUCCGGCCGCCUGGGCUGCCGAGAGCCGCCCGGCGGCCCCGCGCCGCCCCCGGGGUCCGGCCCAUCGCUGCCCGCCGCCCUUCUGGCCGGGGGGAAGCCCUACAAGUGCUCCGAGUGUGACAAGGCCUUCUCGCACAAGUCCCGCCUCGUCGAGCACCACCGCUCGCACACGGGCGAGAAGCCGUACGGCUGCGGCCAGUGCGGCAAGGCCUUCUCCCGCAAGUCGUGCCUCCUCAUCCACCACCGCAUCCACACCGGCGAGAAGCCGUUCGGCUGCGGCGAGUGCGGCAAGGCCUUCUUCCAGAAGUCGCACCUCAUCCUGCACCGGCGCACCCACACGGGCGAGAGGCCCUACGAGUGCGGCGAGUGCGGGAAGGCCUUCUCGCAGAACUCCUGCCUCAUCAUCCACAGGAGGACCCACAUGGGCAAGAAGCCGUACGAGUGCUCCGAGUGCGGCAAGACCUUCUCCCAGAAGGCCAACCUCAUCCGCCACCACAGGAUCCACACCCGGGAGAAACUGCACGGCUGA